GAUGCAAAACAAACAAAAUAAAUUAUAAACUUGUAAAAACCAUAUUAUUCUUAAAUUGAGAUUAAUGACACGUGAGUCGUUGGGCAAAAAUUUGCUUGUGGAUUUUUUAAAUAAGAUUUGAAUAAAAUCUGACACUUGCCUAAUGUUGGUAGCUCGGAAAUACCAAACACAACCUCAAAAAUUAUUUAUUUUGAAUCGAUGAGAUGAGCCUCCCGACUGAUUUUGGGCCCGAUUCCGGCGGCCGACUCAAAGGGGUAUGCAUUGUGAAACCCAUCGUUUACGGCAACAUAGCUCGCUAUUUCGGCAAAAAACGCGAAGAAGAUGGACACACGCACCAAUGGACAGUUUAUGUGAAGCCCUACAACAACGAGGACAUCUCCUGUUACGUGAAAAAAGUCCAUUUCAAGCUGCAUGAAAGCUACGCCAACCAGAACCGUAUCGUCGUGAAGCCCCCUUACGAAAUCAGCGAAACUGGCUGGGGCGAGUUUGAAAUUGUCAUCAAAAUACAUUUCCACGACCCCAAUGAACGACCUGUUACUAUGUACCACAUCUUGAAACUUUUCCCCUCUGGUGGGACUGUGGACAUAGGGAUGGAGCAGGGAAAGGGGCUCCUAUCGGAAAGCUACGACGAGAUUGUCUUCCAAGACCCCACACAGCUGAUGCACCAUUUGUUAACAAACACCAAACAAUUGACUUUGGGGCGCUGGGAGCACAAUACCAAUUUCGAGGAAAAGAAGGAAAAAACGUUGAAAAAUAUCACAGAAGCGAAACAAAAAGUCAAAGCGGAGAUUGGGGUCCUGAAAAACCGUCUCAAACUAGCCAAAGAGACAAUUUCGCAGUUCAAGGAUGAAAUAGCCAAAGUGCAGGAUAAUCAAUACGUGGUUUAAUAACUUUAGAAACAUGAAUAUAACUUUUUAUCCUA